CGGGCGUGCAGCCGCCGCCGCAGCGAGCCCGGCCGUGCGCGAUGGCGGCGGCGGCGGGCAGGUCCCUGCCGCUGCUGCUCUGCCGCCGCGCCGCGCUCGCCGCCUCCUCCGCGCCCUCAGCCUCCUCCUGCUGCUUCCCGGCCCUGGCGCGGCGCCGGCAGCAGCAACGACACCGCACGGUGCAUCAGAGGCUUUCUCCUUGGCAGAGUGUAAGAGUGGUCUAUUGCAGUACGGUAGUGCCCUCUGAUGAAGUGACGGUAGUUUACCAAAACGGGUUACCUGUGAUCUCUGUGAAUCUUCCAUCUCGGCGUGAACGUUGCCAGUUCACGCUUAAACCUAUCUCAGACUCUGUCGGUGUGUUUUUACAACAGCUGCAAGCAGAGGACCGAGGAAUCGAUCGGGUUGCAAUCUACUCAGCAGAUGGCACACGUGUUGCCUCCUCCACAGGCAUAGAUUUGCUUCUACUGGAUGACUUCAAACUGAUCAUUAAUGAUGUCACGUACCAUGUUAGACCACCAAAGAGAGAGCUCUUGAGCCAUGAAAAUGCAACUACGCUGAAUGAUGUCAAGACAUUGGAGCAGUUGUAUACCGCCUUGUGCAUUGAGGAGCACCAGCUGAACAAAGAGAAGGAGCUCAUAGGGAGACUAGAGGAACUGAAGGAGCAACUAGCACCACUAGAAAAAGUGAGAAGCUUCUCGUUUGAAUAA